UUGGUCGCACCGGUUCGAGUUCGAGUACGAAGUUUGGGUCCGAACCCAUCACCAACAUUUCCCCUUCUCCUUCGUCGGAGCGCUUCCUCUUCCAUCUUCGUCUUCGUCUCCGUCUCCUCGUUCCGUAACCUGAAACCCUAAAAAUGGGCGCCUCCGAAUCCCUCCUCUCCACCAAACCCCAACAACAACAACAACAACAACAACAACAAUCCCCUCAGCUGGUCGAUGAGAUCACCACGGUGUCGGAGCGGAUCGAGGGGGUCGACCCCAUCGUCGAGCGGAUCAAAACCCUAAGGAUCGCGACGCCGCUGCUCAAAUCCCCUCCGCCAUCGGAGAGUAGCUUCGCCGACAUACUGAUGAGGAAACCCUCCAAUUCCUGUGUGUCGGGUACGUUGAGUCCAAAUGUUCUAUUCGAGCUUUUUUCAAUGUACCGUGAAUGGCAAGAGGAGAAGGCCAAGAAAAUAAGCCAAAAGCAGGAGGAGAUAGAAAACAAGAUAGAAACAGCAGAUGCUUUGGCCGUAAAGCUCCUCCAGCGGUUCAAUUAUUCAGUAGCAUCGAUGAGAGCAACUGCACAGAGUCUAUCAGAAGUUCAUCAAUUGCAGGUAGAAGUCGGCGAGCUCAAGGGCAGGCUAACUGAGGUCAUAAGCAACUGUGAUGCUUUGUGCAAGAGGAUCGCUGCAGAAGGGCCGGACACACUUCGGUCUUCGAUACAGCCAUUCUCAGCCGGUGGAGCUAGCGUAAAGGCAAGUAACCACUCGGCACUCGAGCAAAAACACGCCUGAUUUUAAGCUCGGCGCAAUUCAAUAGGGGUACCUGAAAAUCCAUAGUCAUUUUGCAGAAGAGUAUAGUCCAUCGAGAAUGUGUACAUAAUAUGCAGGGGCAACAACUGUAUUUGUUUGUUACAUGGUAAGGAAGGAAAGUGGAUUGUACUUGGUUCAAAAUGCAUCUUUACAGAAAACCCAAAGCAGGGUUGCAAUCUCACUUCCCUGUUUUCAGUUUGUA